AUGGCGUUCAUCACUCGCGCGCUGCGACCCUUGUCGCGCUCCACGCCUACCGCACGUUUGACCACAAGGCGGCUUGCCUCCAUUCGCCCCGUUCAGAGCGCCUAUGCCUUUUCCACAACCCCCCGCAGGCGGGAAGUUGAUCUCUCCGAACUGACUCCCACCCCCAUCUCGCUGUUGACCGAGACCGAGUCUAUGAUGGCCGAUAUGGUGUCCAAGUUUGCGACCGAACAGAUUGGGCCCAAGGUCCGGGAUAUGGAUGAAGCUGAGGCUAUGGAUGCCUCUGUCGUGGAGGGGCUCUUCGAGCAGGGUAUCAUGGGUAUUGAAAUCCCCGAGGAGUUUGGAGGAGCCGGCAUGAACUUCACCGCGGCGAUCGUGGCGAUCGAGGAGUUGGCCCGUAUUGAUCCCAGUGUCAGCGUCAUGGCUGAUGUGCACAACACCCUCGUCAACACCGCGAUCAUGAAGUACGGCGAUGCCCAGGCCCACCGCACCUGGCUGCCCAAAUUGAGCACCAACACCGUUGGCUCAUUCUGUCUGUCUGAGCCGGUGUCUGGCUCGGACGCGUUCGCUCUGCAGACCAAGGCUGAGAAGACGGCCGACGGUUACAAGAUCAACGGCUCCAAGAUGUGGAUCACCAACGCCAUGGAAUCGGGAAUCUACAUUGUCUUUGCCAAUCUGAACCCCAGCGCCGGGUACAAGGGCAUCACUGCCUUCAUUGUCGAGAAGGGCACGCCCGGUUUCUCCAUCGCCAAGAAGGAGAAGAAGCUCGGUAUCCGUGCUAGCAGCACCUGUGUGCUCAACUUUGACGACGUGGAGAUCCCCAAGAGCAAUUUGCUCGGUGAGGAGGGCAAGGGUUACAAGAUCGCCAUCGAGAUCUUGAAUGAGGGACGUAUCGGUAUCGCUGCCCAGAUGACCGGUCUGGCUCUUGGUGCUUGGGAGAAUGCUGCGCGCUAUGUCUGGAAUGACCGCAAGCAAUUCGGCAAGCUGGUCGGUGAAUUCCAGGGCAUGCAGCACCAGAUGGCCCAGGCCUACACCGAGAUCGCUGCCGCGCGAGCUCUCGUCUACAACGCCGCCCGUAAGAAGGAGGCUGGCCAAGAGUUUGUCAAGGAUGCUGCCAUGGCCAAACUCUACGCGUCCCAGGUCGCUGGGCGUGUUUCCGGCUCCGCUGUUGAGUGGAUGGGCGGUAUGGGCUUCGUCCGCGAGGGUAUCGCUGAGAAGAUGUUCCGUGACAGCAAGAUCGGUGCCAUCUACGAGGGCACCAGCAACAUUCAACUACAGACCAUUGCCAAGAUGUUGCAGAAGGAGUACACGAAUUAG